UAAUCGAACCAACAUAGAAACAACUAGGUCCAAGUAAUAUUGAGUUUUAAAAAUUGCCUUCCAAAUCAACACUUACAAAAAUCUAGGGAUCUAAGAUAGUAGGUUUACGCUAAAGCGAGGUGCUAUUUUAGUUGACUUAGGUGGUAAGGCGUCCUAAAGGAGCACGUUGAUUGUGGUUGCAACUCAAACAACAAUGGAAUUAAGUUGUGGCAAUGGGAUAAAUUAUGGCAUUAAUUUAUUAACCAAGAGUAAUUUGGAGAUUACUAGCAAUAGGUUUUGCUUACCUAAAAUCUUAAACUACUUAAGACAUGCUAAAGCUGCUUAAGGAUUUAGGACUUUUGGGGUCUUGGAAUCGUUUCAUUCAUUUUGGACCAUGUUUUUGCUUUUUGCAUGAAUGAAAUGUUUUUUAAUAGCUUUAAUGAUUGCAUGUUUUUUGCUUUUAUUUCAAAGUUAUUGAAUUGUAUGAAUGGUUAUUUAUUGCAAAUUCUUUUCGAUUGUAGUAAUAAAAAAUGGCCGCAAACAAUAACACUUUCAACUUGCGUUCAAUUCUCGACAAAGAGAAGUUGAAUGGCAACAAUUUCCUCGACUGGCAAAGGAACUUACAAAUAGUUCUUAUGCAUGAGGAAAAAAGAAUAUGUCCUUGAGGAAGAGUUACCGGAAGAGGCUGGGCCGGAGGUAACUCAAGCUGCCCUUAAUCGUUGGAUUCAGGCCAACAAGGAUGUCAAAUGUGUGAUGCUUGCAUCCAUGAGUCCUGAACUUCAGAAAACGUUCAUUAACUCGGAUGCUUACCAAAUCAUCUCGGAGUUGAAGAACAUGUUUCAAGACCAAGCCAGAAUCGAAAGAUUCGAGACUCAGAGGUUGAUCCUUGAGACUAGGCUCAAGAAAGGAGAACCAGUGAGCCCACAUGUUCUUAAAAUGAUUGGACUCUUUGAGAACAUGAGAGCUCUAGAUUCUGACGUCUCAAAUGAAAUGGCUAUUGACAUCAUUCUCCAUUCGCUUCAUAAUGGCUAUGAUCAGUUCAAGUUUAAUUACAACAUGAACAGCAUGAAGAAAUCUCUUACUGAGCUUCACGGUAUGCUGAAAACCGCUGAAAAGACGCUCAAACAAGAGAAUAAGCAUGAUAUGCUUAUGGUGCGUAAGGGCAAGAAUUUCAAGAAAUCAGGCAAGAACAAGGGCAAGAAGGGUAAGGGCAAGGCUUCGCCCUCAUCCAAGUCCAAUGGCGCCGGUUCUGGUAAACAGAAAAGGGCAACUCGUUCUCCUGCCGACUCUGAAUACUUCUACUGCAAGAAGAAGGGGCAUUGGAAGAGAGAUUGCUUGAAGAAAAAGGAAGAUGAGAAGAACGGGAACGUUGCUUCUACUUCAGGGACUAAGGAGAAGUAGAAAGCUUGAUAAAGGCGAGAUGGAUCUACGCGUGGGAAAUGGAGCACGGAUUGCUGCAUUAGCCGUAGGAUCUUAUUUUAUUUCUUUGCCUAGUGGGUUUGUUUUGGAACUAGAAAACUGUUACUAUGUUCCUAGUAUCACCAGAAACAUCA